AAUUGUCUCAACUACAGCAUCAAAAAUGGCAGUUCAAGUCAAAUUCGAACAAGUCGGGACUUACUUCAAGCAACAUGACAAGAAAGCAAUCCCAGGAAAACUCCCAAAUCGGCUGAAUGAUGAUCCGGAUCUUUAUGGGAAGCUGAAAUAUCCUCUCGCUCUUUCUCUUGGCUGUAAAGAUUUCAAAGACGAAGGAGGUGGCGAUGUUUAUGAAUCCAUUUUUGACUUCACACGAAAAACUGCCAACCGAGGAACUUCCUUGAAAGAGACAAUCGACGCCGAUAUUUUCUCGAACCGAUCCAAUCUGACAACAAUAGCGACAGCAUCGAAAUUUAAUCGAGAGCCUUCUGAAAUUAUUGCGCUCCGGAAGAACGGCGUUAUUUUUCUCUACAAGAAUGAGAAAUCGUAUGAAGGCAAAUAUGGAGGUGGCUACAAUUUUGAAAAGUAUAUGACCCUGAACGAAGUAGGACAUCCCCACAAUCCAAACGAAAAGGUAUCAAAUGCGACUUGCUCAAAAGUUGUUCUCCGAACGUCUUUCGUAAGCAGAAAAGAAACAAUAAAAGUCUAUUACGCUUCUGAAGUUGAUGCGGUUGACAAAAAUGGAAAUUUCGUGGAGAUGAAAUCUACCAAAUCGGAUCAUGGUAAAUGGUUACACUGGAACAGCCAGAAGCACUACUUCCAAUCGUUCCUUGGAAACGUUCCAACUAUCCUAAUUGGACGAAAGGAUCAAAAUGACUGUGUGUACCAGGUUGACAAAAUCAAAACUAGCGAAAUUCCGAAGAUGGAUGUGAAGUGGAAGGUUCAGAAUUGCCUUGCACAGCUGUUCACAGUGCUCAAUAAAAUCAUGUCAAAGCUUCCAGAUGAUGAUCAAGCUAUUUCUGUUAAGAUUGCUGAUGGUGAAAUUAGUUACGAAAAUGCAAAGGCUGAAGAUUGGAAUUUUAUUCAUCCUUCUUUCCUGGAGUAUUUCGAACGGUGAUUGUUUUCAAAUUUUUGUUAUUUGUUUUCAUUUACAUACUGUUCCAACGCUUCCAUUAAAUUUGCAAUAAUUCUAUCAACCUCUAUCUUGAAUAAAGUUACCUAAUCAA